AUGGAGUGGUCGUCUCGCUUUAUAGGUAACUCUUCUAAUAGUGCUACUAAGGAACCUCUACCAUCCACGACAAACAAGGACAACCUGAAGACAGGUGGCAUCAUGUCAAAUCAAGAAAUGAACUCCCACCAACCAAAUACUCCACAGCCCGAACAGAAGAAGAAUGGUGGGGCGGAAUUAGUGGAUACCCCUCGCGACGAGAGGUGUCCGCCUCCUAUAGACACCAUUUUCUGUGACUCAAUGAGUACCAUCGCCGAGAUGUUAUCUUUUGAUAGCGAUGACUCCACUGAAGGCGCAAGAGACGUGGUAGCAGCAGCUAGCAACGAGCAGAUGACACCAAGUGCUGUAGGCAAUCAAUACUAUGGACAUCGCGGGGUCUGUCUAACGCCAGAUGCAAACCAGACAUGUCAACGCAGAGGACGAUUCCUGGUCUGGCCUGCCAAUCUUUCGGCACCAUCGUUGGCACUACCUGAUACCAGAGGAUGA